AUGGCUGAAAAGCACAUCUUCUCCUGGCUGCUUGUCUGCUGGCUGGUUGUAACCGUGGCAGAAGGACAAGAAGAGGCGUUUACUCCUCCAGGAGGCCCACAAGAUAACGCGGACCCUACAGACUGCCAGAUCUUCACACUCACCCCUCCACCCACUACAAGGAAUCCGGUCACCAGGGUCCAGGCCAUCACCAGAAUGCCCAACUUUCCCUUUCAUGUUUUUCCCCCCAGAAGACCCAGAAUCCACCUUUGGUUUCCAGACAGGCCUUUCCACCCUCCAAGGUGCAACCACCGUUUUUCGUUCCAGCCAUCUUACUGGCCACACGGUCGCUUUCCUCCUCACAUACAUUUCCGCAGAAAAAGAUUCCGGAGAGGAAGCUCAUCUGAGGAAAUAUGAGAGAAGAGAGAAGCCCAAACACACUGAAGCAAGAAAAGUCAAUCCCUCAAGAAAGAUAAUAAAGAGGUUUCUGUUUUCUCUUUUCAAACU